GUCUAGUGCACCUGUGGGUCUGUCCAAGACUUCAAGGAGUGGAUGUGGAUGUGAAAUGUGAAGCAUGUAUGCAUAUGUAAUAUGGAAAAGUGCUUAAUUUCGGUGCGUUUUAUUGUGGUUUUAAUGACUUCUUGUCCAGAAUAUUACUAAGCGACAUUUCUGGUUAGUGGUCUCAGAAAUGACACAUAUUCCUGCCUGUCAAGGUGACUUGGCUCUGCUGAUCUAACAAUUUUCCUCUUGCAAGUCCUCAGCUUUCCCAUUAUUCCCUUUCAAUUAAAUGUUGUUAAUUGUGACAAUUUCUCAAAGUAAUUAGUGAGCGUUUGUGCGUUUGGUUCUACGGUCUACGGCUGACACGUGCGGUCACCGAAGAAGGCAGCAACUCGCAGGUUCAAUCCAGCCUUCAACAUGGCUGCCAUCAAACAGGUGAUUAAUGAAGCUGUUGAAAGAGUGAGGAUGCCCACUCCAACAAGGCUCCGUGAUCUGAUACGCCAAAUCCGUGCAUCUCGCACUGCUGCUGAAGAAAGAUCUGUGAUUAAUAAAGAAUGUGCCUAUAUUCGAUCAACAUUUCGGGAAGAAGAUAGUGUUUGGAGGUGUAGAAAUAUAGCAAAACUUCUCUACAUUCAUAUGCUAGGAUAUCCUGCUCAUUUUGGACAGUUGGAAUGCUUAAAAUUGAUUGCGUCACCUCGCUUCACGGACAAGAGAAUUGGUUAUCUGGGUGCCAUGCUAUUGUUAGAUGAAAGACAAGAUGUCCAUCUUCUUAUCACCAAUUGUCUGAAAAAUGAUUUGAACAGUUCUACUCAAUUUGUUGUCGGUUUGGCUCUCUGUACACUUGGUGCGAUUGCUUCACCUGAAAUGUCGAGGGAUCUAGCAUCAGAAGUAGAGAGAUUGAUGAAAUCGCCUAAUGCUUACAUUCGUAAAAAAGCAGCACUAUGUGCAUUUAGGAUAAUUUUAAAAGUUCCAGAAUUAAUGGAAAUAUUUUUACCUGCAACAAGGUCUUUACUAACGGAAAAAAAUCAUGGGGUUCUAGUCACUGGUGUAACAUUGAUAACUGAAAUGUGUGAAAAUAGUAUUGAUACAUUACAACAUUUCAAGAAGAUUGUACCAAAUCUUGUGAGGAUCUUAAAAAAUCUAAUUUUAGCUGGUUACUCUCCAGAACAUGAUGUAUCUGGUGUCAGUGAUCCAUUUUUACAAGUGAAGAUUCUGCGGUUGCUUCGUAUUUUAGGUAAAAAUGAUGCAGAGGCAUCUGAGGCAAUGAAUGACAUAUUAGCACAAGUGGCCACAAAUACAGAAACCACCAAAAAUGUUGGGAACACAAUCUUAUAUGAAACCGUCCUUUCCAUUAUGGAUAUAAAAUCUGAAUCUGGUCUUAGAGUUUUAGCUGUCAACAUCUUAGGUCGAUUUUUAUUAAAUAAUGAUAAGAACAUCCGGUACAUAGCUCUUAAUACUUUAUUGAAGACUGUUUACAUUGACACCAGUGCUGUCCAGCGUCAUCGCACAACCAUUUUAGAAUGUUUAAAAGAUCCAGAUGUGUCAAUAAGAAGACGAGCACUAGAACUGAGUUUUGCUCUUGUCAACUCUAACAAUAUUCGUACGAUGAUGAAAGAAUUGUUAAUAUUUCUCGAGAAAGCAGAUCCUGAGUUCAAAGCAUAUUGUUCCUCGUGUAUCGUUUUAGCUGCCGAACGUUACUCUCCAAACAAUAGAUGGCAUCUUGACACUCUUCUCAAAGUUCUUGUUGCGGCGGGUAAUUACGUUCGGGAUGAUGUGAUUUCCUGUACCAUUCAAUUGCUGUCCGAAUCAACUGACCAGCAAGGAUACAUGGCUCGAGAAUUGUGGUUAGCGCUUGAGAAAGACACUGGAGACAGACAACCACUUGCUCAAGUUGCAACUUGGGCUAUUGGAGAGUACGGUGAAUCACUCUUGAGCUCCUCAGAUAAUGUUAUGCAAAUUUCAGAACCAGAUGUGAUAGCUGUUUAUCAAAGAUUACUAACUUCUUUACAAAAUUCUAUGAUAACGAAACAGUAUGCUUUAACUUCAUUGAUGAAACUCAGCACUAGAUUCCAUUCACAUGUAGAGAAAAUCAGGGAUGUCAUUGAGUCUUUCAAUACAAGCUUGCAUAUGGAAUUGCAACAAAGAGGCGUUGAAUAUAGUCAAUUGUUUGGUAAAUAUUCCCAUUUGAGGUCAGCCUUGUUAGAGAAAAUGCCUCCGAUGGAAGUAACCAGGACUGCCAACAAUGAGGACGGUAUCACAAAUGUAGAGGUUGAUGAUCAAACUCCGUCGCCCACAAACGAAAUAGGCCAAGAUUCAGAAAUUCAGGAUUCGAAUGCUUUCCUCCUGCUAUUAGAAGGCAACACAGAUAAUGAGAUAAUAUCUCCAUCUCUCCCAAACAACAAACCAUCUUCUGUUGACAAUCAAGAUUUAUUAGACCUACUUGGUGGAUUAGAUGUGGGUACACCUAUCAUUCAAUCCUCAGCUCCAACAACUGUAGUUGAUGAUUUUAUCUCGAACAACAAUAUACUUAACAACAACAUGUUACUUAGUUCUAGCACGGAUAAUAUUAUUACACCAGAAACAACAACUGUCAAAGCAUAUGAUAAAAAUGGUCUUCAAAUAGACUUCACAGUCAGUAAAUCCAGAGAAUCAGCCAAUACAACAACCAUUACAAUGACAGCAAACAAUAACACCCCUGUGCCUCUCUCGGAAUUUUUGUUUCAGGCAGCCGUACCAAAGGCAUUCCAGCUGCAAAUGUUACCCCCAUCAAGCACAGUUAUACCAGUUGGUGGCUCAGUGACGCAGGUCAUGAAAGUUGUGCUAACGAACAAUUCCGCUCCUCUUAGAAUGAGAAUUAGGCUAUCAUAUAACCAAGGUGGCACCUCGAUUUUAGAUCAAACAGAAGUUAAUAACUUCCCCUCGGAUAGCUGGCAAUGACACUCUAUCCAAUUUUGAAGCUUGUCCAUAUUUUUUCUCGAGGCUCAGAAUUUUCAAGUAAGUUUUGAGUGUUUCCAUCAUGUACUUUUGUUGCGCUACAUACACAGUCCAAAUUUAUUUAGCCAAUUUUCCUCAACUAGUUGCAAAAAGGAAUUCAAAACUCCAUUUGUUCCCCUGAUUCUCCGAAGGAUUCAUGUGGAAAUUUAACUAUGACAACUAUUUUCAUGUGUAAAAUCAUUGUUACCAGAGUGAAUGUAUUCCUUUAUCGAAUAAUUUUCAGUAGCUAUGAAUCUCUCUUGCUGUUGGUUCAGCUCCUUUCUUCUUUUUUUUUUUAUAUAUCCAUCAAUGAUUUUACUUUGUAUGAUAUGUUGAUAUGUUAUGAAGCUCUUUUCUCUUCCUCUUUUUUUCUCUCUUUCUUUUAAAGUUUCUGAAAUUGAUUGGACAAUCUAUGAUGUAGACGUGAAGUUACAUGAAGUAUUUUUAUGUUGCUGGUAUUCAGUAUUUUACAGUAUGAUUUUUUGUUUUUUAUUCAUUACUUUAUUUUACAUUAUACUAAAGCAAAAAGCAUCUCGUAAAUACCUAGAUAUCACAAUCAAAAUUGAAGAGGGUCCUAUUAUUUCGUCCCUCUUUUGGCUUUUAAAAUAUUUGUCGAAUUGAGUCUCUAAAAGCCCCGAAUAUGGUGACACAAUACAUAGGGGAAAAAAUAAUGUGAUGUAUAGUCUCAAGAGUUAUAAGGGGCUAAGUUAAGACUGUCAGCGCCUCUUAUAUUGGUCAUGGGCAAGGCAAAAUUGAUCGAAAUUAUUGAGCCAGGGGAGUUGAAUCAGGAUUUGACCUGUAAUUUCUCCUUUUUUCCCUAUUUUCUUUGGGCUGUAUUAGAAAUUAAAUUUGUGCGUAUUAUUCACUUCGUUUUCUAAUUUUUAUUAAUGCACCAUCAUAUCAGUCAGUUAAGAAUUUAUCAUGAGAGCAUUAUAUUACAUGAAAAAAUGUUAAUAUAUUUUUUCACAAAUCAAGUGACAAUUGUUGUUUUUUUUUUUCAGUUAUGUUUUUUUAAGUUUAAUUGCGUGUGAUAGAUUUUUGUUGUCAAUUUUUGGGUUCACAUAUUAUGUUUAAAGCUCUGUUGUUGUUUCACUGAAACCAAUUAGAAAUUUUAUUGCCCAAACAUGUUGUUGCGAGGAGAAUUAUAUUUUCUUCACUGUAUAUUCUCUUUUAAUUAAAUUUUCCCUGUAAAAAAAAAUAUAAUAAAAAAACAAUCAUGUCAUAGUAUUUGCUGGAAAUGUCAUCAGUGUCCUAUUAUUUUAUUAAAAAAAAACUAAACAAAACAAAAAAAAUUAUAUUUUCUUAGGUAGAUAUUAGCACUAGCUUUUUAUGUAUGCCCUCUGUAUAUUUAUCAUCUAGUAAAUCUAGUAAAAUCUAUUUAUCAUCUAGUAUGAUGUUUCAAAAUUUUCUGUGGAGCUAAAUAGCUCCACAGGUUUUUGUCAGAGGUAACAGAAUGUUCUAAUUUUCAUUGCAAUAAUGAGUCAGUUAUGCCUUGAUGGAUUUGGUCUGCCAAAAGUUCUAUCCCCAAAUUUUUGGUUUAAGAGGAAUGAUGAGCAUGUAAAGAAUGAUGAUUAACAACAUACUGCCUUGCUAGCAAAUCUUCUACCAUUACAGAAUACUUGCCGCCCUAAUGGUUAAUGCACCAAGACAGCAUGUUUGCAGUCAACAAACAAGCAACUCAAACUCUUUACGUCGACCCAAAUUCCUAUCUGCUCUUCAGAAUGCAUUUUUUUUACUCUUGGUUGCUACCACCAAAAAAAUGGGAACUCAACUGAAAAUUCAGUUCACUUAAAACUUUUGAAUGAAGUAAUAAAAGAAAAUGACUUAAUUGACUCAUUAUACGUAAGUCUGAUAAGUUCCUUUGUUUGAACGCUCAACCUUAUUUUUUGACUGUUCACUUUUGAAGUUAUAGUAUUAUCCCAUCGUUAUUUUAAAUUUUAAAAUUUCUUCGACUGCUUGCUCUCAACCAAAUCAUUGUCAACUGAUCAGACUUUGGUGGGCAUUGUUGUAUAAAAGAUGCAAAAAUCCUGGCUCCUAAAGGUUUUGCUGCACCAUGAGGCAAGGAUCUCACAAGAAAAGGAAUUAAGUGGCAUUUUUAAGAAAAUUGAGGUAUUAUUCUUUCCAAUAAAACUCAUCUUUAGGUAUACUUUAUGUAGAACUGAUAUUAAAACUCAUCAUCUGAGUUAAUAGUUCAUGUAUAUCAUUAGCUUUCAUUUACUAUUUCAAUUUUAAAUUAAAUUCCUUGUAAUCUUAAAAAUGCCAAGUUUCCUCAUUCAUGAUACUCAUGAAGUCCAUUCAUGAAUUUUUGAUUACUCUAACUUAAAUUUGAGAUAACCUUGUUGCUGAGAACUUGUAAAGACAUUUUGUAACUAAUUUGUCCCAUGAAGAAUUUUUCAGCUGAUUCAAUGAAAGUCAAAAUGGCUGAAUAAAGUAUCUGUAAGUACUAUAAGUAUGAAUCCCAGCAUUCUAUUUCUUCACAAUGUCUUAUAAAGAAUAACUUAUGAAUAGUUUUAGCGACUCUGUCUGCUAUGUGCAAUAUCACUCGUGCAUUAUUGUUGUAAGAUUAACAAAAUUGCGAAGGGAAAAACAUGAUGAAAAAAUAUUGGAAUCGAUCCAUAAUUUGUUACAAAUCAAAAUGGUUUUUUAGUCAGUAAAUAUUCAUGUUUUAAGGAUAAGGAUGCCUCAUUUGAAAUCGUCAAAAGAGGUGUUUUUUCUCUUUUUAUAUCUCCAAAAAUUUGCCAAGGGUUUUGAAGACUGUCCUCCCCACUGAUUAGAUCAUAUCUCUUUUCUUGUAAACUCUGACUGUAUUGCACUACUUGGCUUUGUAUUAAUUCAAUGAGGGUUUCUAAACUGAAGAAUGGACCAUUCAACUAAGGAAAUAAUUUUGUUCAAACCUUGGUUUCAAUCUUAAUGUGGUAUUUUUUGGAGUAAUUUAUAUUGGAAAGUAUUUAUACAUAAAAUCAAUCUUAAACAAUUGUAAGAUAGUGUACUUAAAAUUGUACCACCAAAAUCAACUGGUCUUAAACUGCACUGAAGUGAUGGAAGAGCAAAAAUAAAAUGGAAAUUUUUAUUUCCAAUCUAACAGCCUUCCCUGUUGUAUGGAUAGCAUGCUAUGUGCACCCCAUAUUUUUGUUAGCUCUUCAUUGCUCAGUAUUGAUUUUAUUUUCGGGACAGUUAUUUCUAACAUGGGGCAAAUCUUGAUGGUAGAUGAAAAUAGGUAUUCACCUUUUUUUCCUGGCAAACAUGGUAAUUUUUGUGAAUUUUUACAUCAGUAUACUUAUGAAAUUUUAAAAAUUAUGUAUGGACUAAAUCAUUCCGUAAUUGUUCUUUUUAUACCUUGGCUGUAAAAAUGCUUGAAUAAAAUACAUGUUAUAAAUAGAA